AUGCCCGCGACGGAGUCGACGGACUAUGAUAAAGUGAAGGUCACCCUGCUACAGAGGUUUCGGUUAACGGCCGAGGGAUUCCGAGAAAGGUUUCGAGGCAGCAAGCCCAAUGAUUCAGAGACAGGGAAACAGUUUGCAUCCCGCUUGUCAGGUUAUCUCGACCGAUGGAUCGAGAUGUCAGGUACGGAGAAAUCGUACGAAGAAAUCAAAGCUCUAAUGGUGAAGGAGCAGUUUUUGUCCUGCUGCCACCCGAAGUUGGCCAUAUUCCUAAAGGAGCGGAGGCUUAAGACAGUGGAGGAGUUGGCGGACUUCUCCGACCAGUUCACGGAAGCACAGGACCUGAGAAACCUGGGAAAAGCGAAAGAAGAGGCACCGAAAUCGCCAGGUACCGAUACGACGAAGCAGAGAUCGCAGGAAAAUACGCACAGACCGGCUCCUAGAUGCUUUAUUUGUAACAGAACAGGACACCGUAUGGUAGAUUGUCGGUUUGGAGGAGCAAUGGGGAAGGCCCAGCUCGUUUGCCAGAAUUGCAAUAGGAGGGGUCACAGUACCGAAGAAUGCAGGGUUAGGACCCAAGAAAAGGCUGCAUGCGUCGUGAGCCCUAGGCAGGAAUGGAUGGCAGGCAAUGACGUCACAAAUGCGGACAAUACUGAAGGUGACACGGUCAAAGAAAACGAAAUUGCAAAGCCAGUGAUCGGCUGUGGACUCAGCAUGCCAGUGGUAGACGGAGAUAUUCGCGGGGAGCGUAUCUCAGUUUUGAGGGACAGCGGAACGAAUACCGUCAUUGUAAAAAGAAGUCUCGUCAAGGAUGAAGAGCUCACAGGUGAGCAAACGCCGGUGACGCUGGUUGACGGUACCGUGAGGUGGCUGCCCGAAGCCAUCAUAAGCGUGUCUACACCGUACUAUUCAGGAGCAGUGGCGGCGAAGUGCGUGGAAGAGCCCUUGUACGACUUAAUUCUUGGAAAUGUCCCCGGCGUAAGACAGGUAGAUGACCCAGAUCCGGAAUGGAGGGCGACAUACGAAACCGGACAAAAUACGCGGAGAUGCGGGAAGCCGGAAGAAACGAAGGAACGGCCCCCUCAAGAAAACCCGAAGGAGGGAAAAAGUAAGGAGACAACAGAGGUUAAGGAGCUGGAAAUAAGCAACCCCUUGGUUUCAUCGGCGGUGCAAACUAGAGCGGCCACUGCGAACAGAGAAAAAACACCGAAGCUGAAGGUGCCGGCGGCGGAUGCGCUGAAAGUUACACCUGCGGAGGUAGCAAAACAGCAGAAAGAGGACGGAUCACUCGCCGACUGUUUCAAAACGGUGGGGGAAGUUCAGAAGAGGAAGAGGGGUCGAACAACGUUUGUGUACCUCAUUCGAGAUAACUUGUUGUACAGAAAGUGCACUUUUUGCACAGGGAGAGAAAUUCUGCAACUUGUUGUACCGGAGGGUUUGAGAGCCGCUGUGAUGAGUCUCGGGCAUGACGCCGUCAUGGCUGGACACCAAGGUGCGAAAAGUACAACGACCAGGAUAACAGAAGAAUUUUUCUGGCCUGGCGUGCAGAGCGACGUAAAACGUUACGUCAAAUCUUGCGACAUAUGUCAACGAACUAUACCGAAAGGACGAGUGGGAAAAGCGCCCCUCGGAAGCAUGCCCACCAUCGAACUCCCAUUCCAGAGAGUAGCGAUCGAUGUCAUCGGACCCAUCUCCCCGUCAUCGAGGAAAGGCAACCGCUACGUACUAACUUUGGUGGAUAUGGCCACUAGAUACCCAGAUGCCGUGGCUCUGAAGACUAUCAAUACUGUGGAGAUUGCAGAGGCACUGCUGGAGAUGUUCGCUCGGUAUGGAGUUCCCAAGGAGAUACUCAGCGACCGAGGGUCGAACUUUACACCAGACCUAAUGAGGGAAAUCAACCGGCUGAUGUCCAUUCAGCAACUGCUAACCACGCCUUACCACCCCAUGUGUAACGGUUUGGUAGAAAGAUUCAAUGGGACUAUUAAGCAUAUGGUGAAGAAUAUGUGUCAAGAAAGGCCCGCUGAUUGGGACAGGUACCUACCUGCACUGUUAUUUGCCUAUCGAGAGGUCCCACAAUCAAGCUUAGGAUUUUCACCGUUCGAGAUGUUAUACGGCAGAACCGUGAGAGGGCCACUAGCCAUUCUUCACGAACUUUGGACCAACCAAGAGCUCGAAGCUGAACUGAAGACAACGUAUGCCUAUGUGCUGGAACUUCGAGAGAGAUUAGAGGAGACCUGCAAGAUGGCGCAUGAGAAUCUGGAUAAAGCCCGGGAAAGGUACAAGAAAUUCUACGACCGCAAGGCGGUAGACAGACAGCUUAAGCCAGGAGAAAGAGCGCUUAUCUUACUCCCAAGUGACAGAAACAAGCUGACCAUGCAAUGGAAAGGACCAUUUCCGGUGACACGGAAGAAGAAUGACGUCGACUACGAGCUACAGUUAAAUGGAAACAAAAAGAUUUUUCACAUAAACAUGCUGAAGAAAUACGAAGAGAGAAGCCCCCCUAACAAUCAGAAAAUUGCCUGUAUGGUAAUCAGCGAAGAGGAAGAGGUCGCAGAAAUGCCCACGUGCAACCUUGCAAAGAGCAUGGGAUCGGAGAAAGUGAUUAUCAGUCCCGAACUCAAUGCCAACAAAACAUCGCAAGUUAAAGCCCUCCUAGGAAAGUAUGAAGAGGUCUUUUCUGAUGUACCUGGCAAGACAACAGUUGUCAGUUGCAAAAUACGGCUGACGACCGAACAGCCGGUACACGUCCGGCAGUAUCCACUGCCCUUAUCGGCUCAAGAUCCACUCGAAACAGAAGUAAAGGAGAUGCUCCGAAUGGGGAUCAUAGAGCGUACAGAGUCCGCUUACAACUCGCCAUUGGUGGCGGUGAGAAAGGCUGAUGGCUCAUACCGGAUAUGUGUGGACUUUAGGCGCCUAAACGGCAUUCUAAUCCCAGACGCAGAACCCAUCCCGAGAACGGAUGUUGUUUUCGCGCGAGUUGCACACAGGAAGUUCUUCUCAAAGUUCGACCUGGCCAAGGGGUAUUGGCAAAUACCAAUCGAGGAGGAAUCCAAAGACAAAACGGCGUUUUCCUGCGCGAGCGGAUUGUUCCAGUUCAGAUACAUGCCGUUCGGACUCAAGACAGCGGCAGCGACGUUCACUAAGCUUAUGAGGCGGGUUCUUGAAGGAAUCGAACACGUGGAGCACUAUAUAGAUGACCUUCUGGUGGCUACCGACACGUGGGAAGAGCACCUACAGGUCCUCGAGAAAUUGUUUCAGAGACUUAGAGUGGCUAACUUGACAGUCAAGCCCACUAAAUGCGCAGUCGGCUUCGAGGCAGUCUCGUUUCUCGGCCACAAGAUCGGCAUGGGUCACAUUGCAACAAAAGACGAUAUCCUAGAAAGGAUCCAAGCAGCAGAAAUACCUAAAACAAAGAAGCAAGUGCAAUCGUUUUUGGGUUUAACCGGAUAUUACCGGGAGUUCAUCCCGCGAUACGCAGAGGUAGCUCACCCGCUGGUGGAGCUAACUAAGAAAGGAGCCCCGAACACCGUUAAGUGGACAGCAAAGGAGGAGGCGGCAUUUCGACAGCUAAAGAAGCGAAUGGAAGAGCCGCCCGUCUUACUUGCACCGAACGUGAGCAAGGAGUUUGUCCUGCGUACGGACGCCUCAGACAACGCUCUAGGAGCUGUACUUAUGCAGGAAGAGAAGGGAGUGCUGCAUCCAGUUUUCUAUGCAAGCAAAAAACUGAACGCAUGCGAGAGGAACUACUCCACCAUAGAGAAAGAAUGCUUGGCUCUCGUGUGGGCGAUUAAAAGAUUUCACAUAUACCUGUACGGCACGCACUUCACCGUGCAAACCGAUCAUCAGCCGCUACAGUAUUUAGUCAAGAGCAAAUUGGCGAACAGCCGCCUGAUGAGAUGGAGCUUGGUGCUCCAGGAGUACGAAUUCCACAUCCAGUAUAUCAAAGGCAAGGAAAACGUAGGAGCUGACUUCAUGAGCAGGCUAGCCUAA